CAAGCUUUCUUAUAAAUAUGUGACGUCAAAACCAGCCGACACAUCUUUGUCAGUGAACAAAAUGGCAACCUACUGUCUCACUGUCGCGAGGCUUCAGCUUGCUCUGGGCCAUGGAGCACGACGUCUGCAUGUAGCAGCUGCUUACAGAGCCAAGGCCCAAGUGUCCAUGAGCCGCUUUGAGCCCAGCUCCUUCAUCAACUAUGAGCGGCUCCAUUCGAAUGUUGACAUCGUGCGAAAAAGGCUUAAUCGACCCCUCACCCUAUCAGAGAAGAUCGUCUACGGCCACCUCGAUGACCCCCACAACCAGGAGAUAGAUCGUGGACGCACUUACCUCCGCCUGCGUCCUGACCGCGUAGCCAUGCAGGACGCCACGGCCCAGAUGGCCAUGCUCCAGUUCAUCAGCAGCGGCCUGCCACAGGUGGCUGUUCCCUCCACCAUCCACUGUGACCACUUGAUCGAGGCUCAGAUCGGUGGGGACAAGGAUCUGGCCCGAGCAAAGGAAGUCAACCAUGAAGUCUACAACUUCCUGUCAAGUGCUGGUGCAAAAUAUGGUGUUGGCUUUUGGAAACCUGGUUCUGGUAUCAUCCAUCAGAUCAUCCUUGAGAACUACGCCUAUCCAGGUGUGAUGCUAAUCGGGACAGACUCCCACACACCAAACGGUGGCGGGCUUGGUGCCAUCUGCAUCGGAGUGGGAGGCGCAGAUGCUGUAGAUGUCAUGGCGGGGAUCCCCUGGGAGCUCAAAUGUCCGAAGGUGAUAGGAGUGAGGCUCACAGGUUCCCUCUCAGGUUGGACAUCACCGAAAGAUGUUAUCUUGAAGGUGGCUGGCAUUCUGACGGUGAAGGGUGGCACUGGAGCAAUAGUAGAGUACCACGGGCCGGGUGUCGACUCCAUUUCCUGCACUGGGAUGGCCACCAUUUGCAACAUGGGAGCAGAGAUUGGUGCGACAACUUCAGUGUUCCCCUACAACCACCGGAUGAGGACCUACCUGGAGAAGACUGGGCGUGGACAAAUCGCUUCCCUGGCUGAUGAGUACUCUGACUUGCUGGUGCCAGAUGAAGGCUGCAAGUAUGACCAGGUCAUUGAACUCAAUCUGGAUGAGCUAAAGCCGCACAUCAACGGUCCAUUCACCCCUGACCUGGCUCACCCGGUUUCUGACGUAGGUUCUGUGGCUGAGAAGAACGGCUGGCCACUGGAGGUUAAAGUUGGUCUGAUUGGCAGCUGCACCAACUCCAGUUAUGAGGACAUGGGCCGUGCUGCCUCUGUGGCAAAGCAGGCUUUAGAUAAAGGCCUAAAGUGCAAAGCUCAGUUUACUGUCACCCCCGGCUCUGAGCAGAUCCGCGCCACUAUUGAAAGAGACGGUUAUUCCAAGAUCCUUGGUGAUGUUGGCGGUGUAGUCCUUGCCAAUGCAUGUGGACCUUGCAUCGGACAGUGGGACAGACGUGAUGUGAAAAAAGGUGAGAAGAACACCAUCGUCACCUCCUUUAACAGAAACUUCACGGCCAGGAAUGAUGCAAACCCUGCAACACACGCAUUUGUUACAUCUCCUGAGAUUGUCACUGCCUUGGCUAUUGCCGGAACGCUAAACUUCAACCCUGAGACAGACUACCUUACCGCCCCCAACGGUGAGAAAUUCAAGCUGGAGCCUCCGAAUGGAGACGAGCUCCCCACCAAAGACUUUGACCCUGGCCAGGACACCUACCAGCACCCGCCUGCUGACGGCACCAGCCUCCAGGUGGAUGUCAGCCCUCAGAGCAACCGCCUCCAGCUGCUGGAGCCCUUUGACCAGUGGAGUGGCAAAGACCUGGAGGACAUGAGGGUUCUAAUUAAGGUGAAGGGCAAGUGCACCACGGACCACAUCAGCGCUGCCGGCCCUUGGCUCAAAUUCCGCGGCCACUUGGACAACAUCUCCAACAACAUGCUGAUCGGUGCAGUCAACAGUGAAAACGAUGCCAUCAACAAAGUGAAGAACUACCUGACAGGAGAUUACGGGGGAGUCCCCGAUGUGGCUCGUCACUACAAGGCCAGCAGUGUGUCAUGGGUUGUGGUUGGAGACGACAACUACGGCGAGGGCUCCAGCAGAGAGCAUGCUGCGCUUGAGCCCAGACAUCUUGGAGGAAGAGCCAUCAUUGUGAAGAGCUUUGCCAGAAUCCACGAAACAAAUCUUAAGAAGCAAGGCCUGCUGCCUCUGACCUUCAGCAACCCAUCAGACUAUGAUAAGAUCUGCCCCGAUGACAAGAUCUCCAUUAAAGGACUCCAAACAUUCACUCCAGGAAAGCCUUUGAGUGCUGUCGUGAAGCACAGCGACGGCAGCGAAGACGUCUUGGAACUCAACCACAGCUUCAACGAAACACAGAUCGAAUGGUUCAAGGCCGGUUCAGCUCUCAACAGGAUGAAGGCACUCCAGCACUGAGGGAUGAGGGAGGAUUGUCAGCGGGGGAAGAAAGGCGAUGAGGAAUGUGUGAGGAUUUGUUUCGUGAUCUGCGUCGGACUGAAGUCAAAGCGUCUGUGUACCUCGCAAAACAUUCUGACAUGUCACACUCGUGUCUAUUCGAACAAUAUAGCAACCGGUCCACAGCUGUACAAACAUUCUACAUCCCUGUACGUGAGUUAUCCUGCUUUGGUCCCACAUUGAUGGGGGUUUCCAUUCAUAUUUCACUCCUGUGUUGGCUUGUGCCCACAGGCUCAUCAUGGUUAUCAUCUAAAUGUAAAGGUUCGGUUCAGGCUGUUUACGCCAUGCUUAUACUUUAUCCAUCACAUGCCAUAUUCCCAACCUAGGAAGGUUACUGAGGAAUAAGAAACCAAGCUGAUAUAAUAAUGUUACCACUGAAUCAUGGAUGUAUAGGAAGGGAAGUGCUGUAGCUUCAUGACAAAAAUAAUGAAUUUAACCUUAUGAAGUGAGGUCAUGUUAAAUGUCAGGGUUACACUGCUUUACAGCACUUUUAUUUCAAGCGUCAGUGCAUAUGUUUUAUUUUUUCUCCCACAUGAUUUCAUCUGUAUUACAAAUGAUGAUAAUGGGUUGUAUAAAUAAAUGUUGGCAGAUCUCAGUUAAAUUGCUGUUCUGUGGUGAGAGUUUGCGUUGCUUUAUUUAGUUGGCACAUUAGAAACACCUCAGUGCGAUAAUAAUGGAGUGUUGUUUGCCGCUGAGGCAAAUGGAGUGCACUACUACGGCAACCGGGGCACUAGGUAGUUUUAAAAGAGCUUUAAAAAAUAUAUAGUGCAAUCAUUGUAGGUUUGAAGAAUUGUCAUUUGCCAUUUACAAAAUGUUAUAAAAAUUAAACCGAAAGCCUAUACCUAU